AACUCCAGUGACUUUGACCGUUUGCAAAAACCGGUGCAAUGGAGAAAUUGGCACAGUUUGUGACAAAAUCUUUCGAGUAUAGUUUAAUAAAUAAUCGCGUUAAUGAUUUGUUUAACUCAAUGACCGAAGUGCAAAUUCAAAAACAGUCGGAAAUUAAAACUUCUACCCUUGUAAAAUCCAAUAAUUCGGUCGAAAGUUAUACCGAUAAUUACAAUAGUGAUGACGAAACUGUAGAUAUUGAUAUCACUGAUUUCUCUGUUGCGGAAAAUAAUGCAAUUGGAGAUUUACAGAAACAAUCUCCUAGUGAUACAUCAUUAGAAAAACACUCUUUAAGCCAGAGUAAAUUUAAAACAAAUGUGGCGAAACCAAGAAACUGGUUAAUAUCGGAGGAUUUCCAGACGGAAACCAGGUCAGGAGAACUAAUUCCUGGUAAUGUAAGUGACUCUUCAGACGACAGUAGCACCACAAAAUUUGCAUCUGAUGAACUUACUAUGGCCGAAAAGUGUAGUUCUAAAGAUCAAACUACAAUUCGAGAGCAAUUAAAACAUCACUCAUCUAUAGUAUGCAGUAAUAAGCAGCGUCGAUCACGUACAAACUUUACACUCGAUCAACUUAACGAACUGGAACGACUUUUUGAAGAAACACACUACCCUGAUGCUUUUAUGCGAGAGGAAUUGAGUCAGCGAUUGGCUCUUAGCGAGGCCAGAGUGCAGGUUUGGUUUCAAAACAGACGGGCAAAAUGUAGAAAACAUGAAAGUCAUAUGACUCAUAAAGGAAUCGCAUUACGCAGUCGAAGCCCUUCAACAAUAACUUCUUUGGAACCCUGCCGCAUGCAUCCAUAUGUAAGUUUGGCGACCAUACAAAACACAAUAGUUGCAUCGAUCCCUGUAACUGCGACCACUACAAAUCCACAACCGGCGAGAAAUAAAAACAUUAGUAAAAAUGUUACCGAAGACCCUACAUAUACCACAGCAAUAACAAAUUCAGGGACUAAGAAUUUAUCCAGCACCGUCGCUGCAGCGUUUUCAGCAUUUGAUCCAGCCCUUAUUUCGGUAGCCGCUCAUCAGUAUGCUGCUGCAAUAACCAAUGGAAGUGGAAUUUUCUCGGUACCACAGUAUUCAAUAAAUCUCGCUGCAUUUGCCGCAGCUCACAGCAAACGUUCAAGUAUCGCAGAUUUAAGAAUGAAAGCAAAAAAACACUCUGAAUCUUUAGGGUUUGAAUCUGAUAUCUUUCAUUAGUAAGAUCCUAAAUUACUUUUAAG